GGGGCAGUCGAGGCGGGGAGCGGCGCGACCGGGCUUUCUUAAAUCCUCUGUAGCGGUUGCGCCUUCGCUGCUCGUCUUCAAAAGAGCGUUUAACAUGGUGAAGAUAUUCAUCGGCAAUCUGCCCCAAGAGGCAACCGAGGAGGAAAUCAAGGCCCUGUUCACGGAGCACGGCACUGUCACAGAAUGCUCCAUCGUCAAAAACUUCGCCUUCGUCCACAUGGACGACCGCAAGGCCGCGACGAAAGCCAUCAAGACCCUGCACCUCCACAAGCUCCACGGCUCGGCCAUCAACGUGGAGGCCAGCCACGGGAAGAACUACGGCGCCGUCAAGCUGCACGUGGCCAAUGUGGACAAGGGAGCCGACGAAGAGCUCCGGGCGUUAUUCGAGGAGUACGGCAGGGUCACGGAGUGUGCCAUCAUCAAGAAUUUCGCCUUCGUGCACAUGUCCAACUCGGACGAGGCCAUGGACGCCAUCCAGGGAAUUGACAAUACCGAAUUUCAAGGCAAACGCAUCCACGUGCAGAUUUCCAAAAGCCGUCCCCGCGAAGAGCAGGAGGAGUACCCUCCUCCCCCGGACGGCGGCGGCUUUUGGCCUCCGCCUUUCCCGGGAAACAGGCCCGAGCCCCCCCCGCCGGGCUUCAUGAGAGGUCGCCCCAUGCCCCCGGGUUACCCCGCCCCCCCUUUGCCACCCCCUCCCCCCAGACGCGCUCUCUACCCCGAGCGUCCAUUCGAGGCCAAUCGCGGCGGUUACGGCGUGGUCGAUUACUAUGAAAAGUACAGAGCCCGUCCUUACGGCAUGGGUCCCGGCGGCCCGCCGCCGCCGCCGCCCCCUCCUGGCGUUGCGCGAGACCGACUCAUGAACCCGCAGCUCGACCCGUACGAGCAUCGACCGCCGCCUCCCCCGCCCCCUCCGUCGGCGUACUUCGGCCGAGACCGCAGCCCCCUGCGCAGAACGCCGAACGCGGCCAUUCCUCCGAACGGUAACGGCUACGCCUACGAGCGCUCCCGUAUCGCUCCCGUUUCCCCCCGGGUGCCGCCGUUCGGAGUUCCUCGGCCCCGGGACCCCUAUGCAGUGCGACUGCCGCCGCCGCCUGCACGCUACGCUUAUUAAGCGAGGCCCCCAGCAUUCGAAGUUAAGGAUGGUCGUUCGCCUGCGUCGCCUCUCGCCAUCAUCGGAUGUUCGUGACGCUAUCCACUUCCUGUCUGUGGCGGAGCGCGUUUAUGUUCCCCUGCAAUGCAAAGGAACUGAAAUUUGCCACGCCCACGUGUUUUGUUUUGUUUUGGUUUUUUUUUCCCCUUUCUGUUUUUUUUUUUUUUUUUUUUACAUAAAUCCCCACUUGAUGGUUUCAUUGUGAUGUAGACAUUUUAAUAUCUGCAGAUAAAAACGUUAUUAUUUUUUUUAAAUUAGCUUCUAAUUGGUGACUUUAGGUCUUAGUCGAACCUGUGAGUGUAAAUCCCGACGCGUGUGCGGCACCCUGCUCAACCAAAAGCGAUACUGUUGACGCGAGCUCUGAAAACUGAACGUGACUAAACUCGACGUGCUCUUCUACUUGCAAAAUGAUCUGUGCAGUCUUGUGUCGUCAAAAUAAACCCUGCGGGGGGACAACAACCGCUAAUGGGUGUGGCUCUUAAACCCCACCACCACCCGUCCCCGAUGAGCCGUGUCCUCGUUUAAAAAAAAAAAAAAAAAAAUGUCGCUCGGGCUUACUCUCCGCAAAACGUAACGAAGCAAAGUAGUCGAGCGAGGCCGCGGCGGGGCCCGGUUUCGUCCCUGGCGGUCGGUCGUGAGCCCGGCGUGCGGGGGAGGGCACGGACCCACCGGCCGGAAAGCGCCAAUCCGCAGGUAAGUCCCAGGGAUCCGCAUCUGCUCUCACUUUUGUCCAGUCUUUGUAUUUUCCCUCAAGCACGUCGGGGACCCCAAGAAUUGCAGAUGCACGACUUGUGUUUUUCUGUUGAAGUCGUCGUCGUCGUCCUAAAUUGAUUGGAUUCACUUUUUCCAAGUAUGUUGCAUUAGUCAUUGAUUUUUCACUGAUAGGAAAUGUGCUUUGUAGUCUUGAUCUGCAUGAAUAAAGCCUUUUUGUACAUA